UUGUGUAACGGUCACCAACACCAUUUCUUCUUUCUUCUCUGUUGUAUCUCAAGGCAAUACAAUGCCAAUGCCCUUUGAUUUCAAAUUCCAACCCCCUCUUCCAAAGUACUCUCCUCUCUUAAACGCAAUUGGAAAAAUUAUCGUCAGUUACCAUCAACGUGUCGAUCUCUCAUCAAAAUCCCUUCUUUUCCACUCUUCACCUUUGCUUUCGCAUCAAACCCAAAUCUGGAAUCCAAUUGUUUGUGCAAGUAAGAAAAGAAGGGGAUCAGGGUCUCAAAAAUUAAGCAAAAUUGUACCAAAAUUAGUAUACAUUGCAGCAUCAAAUCUCAAGAUCUUACCAGAACCAUUCAAUUUGGUAAUUGCGGAAUUUGGUGGUGGAGAUGGAGGGGGUUUAGGGUUUUGGAAGGUUUUUGGAGAUGGAAAUUCUGAUGGGUGGAGAAGAAGAAAGAACACAAAUUUACAGCUUUUAGGGAUUUUAGUAGUUUGUGGAUUGGGAUUGUUGUUAUUUGGAAGAGAACAACUGAAAUGUGAAGUUUUCUUGUGUGGUGUUCUGGCGUCGGGCUUACUUGUCACAGUUUUGAUUAAAGGAAAUAAGAAAAGACUAAAAAAUUGGGUUUUAGGGAUUUGCCUUGUUGGUGCUCUGAUGGGUUUGAGGUUAAGGAGAAAAGAAAUGCAACAAUGGCUUCACAGGCUUAGUGUUUGCUUGCCAGCUUUGGAGCUUGUGAAGGGAAAGGGAAGAAAUGGCAGAAGAGUUCUAUAAGGAAAAGCUUUACAAUUUUGUUUUCUCACCAUUAUAUGACGUUUUGUUUUCCAUUUGAAAAUUUUUUUAUCAGUAUACGAAGGCCAAGAAGUGCCAAUUUAUAAAAGCAAAAAAUGAGUUGCAAGAUCU